AGAAAGGUUCGCAUUUAAGCUAUAGUAACAGGCCUAGGUAUUUUUAGAAUAGCUGUAAUACGAGAGAGGCUAUAUUGUGACCUAGUACUGGACUCUAGAGUAGCAUCGCUGACGCUUUUCCCGGCAGGCUUUUUGAAGCAAGAGCAGUUAAGCGAAGCAUAGUAUCAGUUUUACACGAAGUGAAACUGAGUGAGGGUGGGGGACAGCGAGCCACCGAGGGAAGGGGAAUGUAGUGACUGCGGGCGGGGGCCUCAGGGAAAGGGCGGGGCUCGGGUGUUCCGUUUUGAACGAUUAGAAAGUUGUCAACCAAAUCCCCCAACCGAGAUUGGAGUCCCGUUGUGCCAAGCGCUGCCCAGAACCGCUCCCCCAACAGAGAUGAGGGAACCCAAGCGCCAGAUACUACCCAGACGCACCCCUCAACCGAGUUCCUGGCCCCCGUUGUGCCAGAUGCUGCCCAGACCCCCUGCACUUGUAAGAUUCUAUCGAUCUGCGGCAAGCCCUUCGCUCUGGAGCGCCCCAUGGAAGCUCUCUGGGCGCUGCCGUGUGCGACCCUCUGUGCUCGGGGCAUGGCCCUCAUCACGGGUGCAGCGAGGUGUGGGGUGGCUGGAAAGUGCAGGGCGGGGCUCAGCCCGGGGCGCUGCAUUCCCCGCCUCCUCCGCUCCCGCUUGGCCUCCGUCCCAAGCCAGCCGGUGAAUAAGCAGAGGUCACCCAGCCAGCUCCCCGCGACCGAGAACUCCCAGCUGCACCGUCGGGACGGGCUCCCCAGAUUAUCCGCCCCUUGGAGUCAGGAGCAACUUCAUUGCCUGGGGGCAGCCCGGCCCCCAGCCCAUCCCUGAUGGCCGUCUACAAAGUCCAGGUGUCCACAGGCCAGGGCGCCCUGGCUGGCACUUUUGACACCAUCUCCAUCACCCUGGCGGGCAUCGACGGGGAAAGCACCAAGCAUGUGCUGGACCAAUACGGGUUGGACUUUCAGUCAGGAUCAGUACGGGAGUACGAGGUGCCCAGUGAGCGAGCCCUGGGGCCGAUCGUACUGAUCCGGCUCCACAAGGAACCCUAUUCCGUGUUCCCCGAGAGCAUGUGGCACUGCAACACGGUCCGGGUGACGUCUCCCUCACGGAGGGAGGAGCAAGGGGUAGGCUGGCAGCAGAUGGUGCAGUAGGAGGGCUAGCCCUCAUGAUCUCCUGGGUGCUCGCCAGCGGACAGUGCUGCACUAGUGCUAGCCGCCGUCGUCUCCUGGGUGCUUGCGGUGCUGCUGGCUGGGAGAGCCGCCUGAGGCAGAAUGGCCUCCGCAAGGAUUGAAGCCUUUAGCAGGCCAACGCUCAAA